GGCGGAUCCACCGCAUGACCAACGGCCCAAUCCGUAUUCCCCAGGUUCACUAUCGCCGCACAACCAGGCUCGACGCGUCCCCCAGCCCGGUGCAGGACCUACGUUGCAGUCUCCGCCCCCUAUGCGUAAAGGCAUUUUCCUGCGGUAUUGGCGCAAUUCUCAGCGCCUAGGAGAAGGACCAAAAUGGAGAGCCGGCCCGUUUCAUUUACAUGCCCUCAACCCCACCAAAUGGCACUUGACUGACCCUGCGGAGCCCGCCCGUCCGAUCGCGGACGCGGCCCCAUCCUCCUUUUAAAGAGCUACAGGGUCUCGGUGUUGGCAUUUUUGAGAUCUAUCGCCUCAGAGACAUCUUAUCGAUCAAGUCUUUCAAGAUCAAGUCAAGUCUCAGCCUCAAUCCUUAGCUAGCAAACUUGCCCAUCCAGCAUCUACCUCCUCAACAGCACAAUGAAGGGCUUCUCCGCCGCCGUGGCGCUCCUCUCGCUUGCCGCAACCGAGGUGUCUGCUCACUACAUCUUCCUCAAGCUCGCCGCCGGCAAUCAGAAGUUCCAGCAGUACGAGCACAUCCGCUACAACACAAACUACAACUCCCCUGUCACAGACUUGGCAUCCAAUGACCUGAGAUGUAACGUGGGAGGAUCCAAGACCGGGAACACAACCACAGUCGCGCUCAAGGCCGGCGAUUCUUUCACCUUCACAAGCGACGUCGCCGUCUAUCACCAAGGCCCCAUCUCAUUAUACAUGUCCAAGGCGCCCGCCGCAGCGGCCGAUUACGACGGCAGCGGGGGCUGGUUCAAGAUCUACGACUGGGGCCCGACCUUCUCGGGCGGGCAGGCGUCAUGGCCGAUGCGGAGCGACUACACGUACAACAUCCCCAAGUGCGUCGCGGACGGCGAGUACCUGCUCCGCAUCCAGUCGCUGGCCAUCCACAACCCCGGCAGCACGCCGCAGUUCUACGUCAGCUGUGCGCAGGUCAGCGUCACCGGCGGCGGCAGCGCAAACCCGGCCACCGUCAAGAUCCCCGGCGCCUUUAAGGCCAGUGAUCCGGGAUACACGGCCAACAUCUACAACAACUUCAACUCUUACACCGUUCCAGGACCAGCGCCGUUCACGUGCUAGACCUAGACGGUAUUUCCGUUGGGGGAAUGGGGGAUUCGAGUCGGGACAAGUCAGCUAUCAUUGCUAGAUAGACUGGGCUGUUAGUUAGUUAGUUAGUGGCAGAACCGUAAGAACAGAGAAGAUGUUCCUGGCCUCACCA